GGCGCCAACACCAAGAAUUGUCAGUCUGGUUGCCUACCGCGGGCGAUAAUUGUAUCCAUCCUCUAAAAUUAUACGAGUCGACAUUCAACAAAUCUUUCGUCGUGUUAAUUUGUGUCUUCCGCAAAAAAGUUUUAAGAAAAAUACAAAAAAGUCUAUCAAUUUCAUCAUAUACAAUCACGAGUAGAAUUCUUGAGCGAGACGGAACUGAGGACAAGGCCAACUUCAAGAUCAACGUCGCUUAGAUUUCUUCUGUGCGAGAAGUUCUAACGAUUUAUUUUCCUAGUACGCUCGAUUGCAUUCCUAAGCAGCUGUUCGAGAUGGACUGGUAUUGGGAGGAAUGGAUAUAAAUCAUAUUUGCCAGCCGAAAAGUAUUUUCGUGGAGAUGGUCGACGUGACGUGACCAGAGGUGUUCCCGUGGGUGAACGUAAGAUUGGUGCGAUACUUCAAGUUUAGUUCGGUGGAAAAUGAUAAUACAUCUGGAUUAAUAAAUCAUCGAAGAGUACUAUGGAAAUAAACUCUCGAUGCAAACCUCUCGUCUAACACUCGACCGAGGAAAGGUUAUCCACAAAGACAUUAAGGGAGGUUUGAUAGUAUGACGGUGAUGCUGCUGCAACGUUCCGCCUCCCCGCAGUUGACGCACAGCCAAAAGAUAGCCAACAGCAAUACAAAGCCACCAUUCCUGUUUUUCUUUGAAAGUCAAGAGCACCGAAGCAGCGACAGCAAGAACAACAAUAAUAACAAUAGCACCGGUACAAACAACAACGUUAUAAGAAACAAUAAUAAUAGCAAGAUCAUUAGGACAACAACGCGUGAAAGCGGUGAUAGCGGUGUUAGUGGUCGUAUCGGUGGUGGUGGUGGUGGCUACGGUGGUAGUGGCGGCAUUUGUAGUGGAGGUGGCGUCAGCGGCUGUGGUAGCGGUGGCGGCGGCGGUGCCGGCGUAGCGGCGGCGGCAACGUCGUACACCAGGAUUGGGGGGCAGGGUGUCGCGAUGCGAUAUUAUCGUUUGUGGAUAUAUGCUUGCAACAUAGUCGUAUUUGGCAGUGCUGUAGGGCUGGCGACUGCCGUAUCACGAACACUACUCUUUUCGGGGGAUCCCCGACGUCAGUUAAUACCAGGCGUACCCCGAGCCUUCGACCCCACGGCACUCUACGCCUACCUCGCACUUGCGACUCAAUUGGGCCUGAUGCAAUUUCUUGGAUGUGUUGCCGCGAGACGACUUAAUACUCGUCUCCUCAAUGCCUACUGGAUUCUUCUACUAGCUCUUCUCUUUGGGGAUACAGUUGUAGGCAUAGCAUGGGUCUUUCGGUUUGAAAGAAUGUGCGCUGAACUUCGACCUACUCUCAGGUUUAAAUUGCAAACAGAGUACGCGAAAGAGCCGCGCUUCAGCGAACAGUGGGAUCGUCUUCAGCGGGAAUUUUCUUGCUGCGGUGUCACCGGACCGCGUGACUUCGGUUCUCGCUGGCCUCAGACUUGCUGCCCCCCUGCUUCUAAUGCCAGCGAAUCUUGUUUACAACCCUAUGUCCGCGGUUGCGAGGAGACCCUUAUUCGGUGGCUCCGCAGAACAGCCGAUCUUCUGUUUGUACUAGGGUUUUGCGUUAUUACCUUUGCCAAACUCUGCUUUCUUGGAAUUUUACGUUAUGAAAUACGAGAAAUGAUCCAGAAGAUACGGCUGCUCCGCGAGCCGCCGUCUGCGGUUCCUCCGUUGAUUCAACCAUUUUCUCAAGUCAUACCGGAUACAACAAAUAAUGGGGGCAUAAUCAGGCGGCCAACUUUACCUACAGCAACAUCCGGAAAUGCAACGCUGUUGAUGCAAUCCGACGACUGCAAUUCCGGAAGACAUCCGCUAUUGGCAAGUACGGUACAAGAUGGAGGUGCUGACAGUGACACAAACAGUCACUGUGCUUUAAUACUUGAAGAAUUAACACCGACGCCAGCUCCUCAUAACUAUGGAUCUCGAGAGAAGAGUAACGGAAACAACAACUACGAAAUGCGAGAAUUCAAUAGAAGAUUGUUACUCUCGAAUGGAAACAGUCCCGGAGCAGGUGUAACUGCUGCUAGUCAAAGUAGACAUACCUGACUAUGGAAGUGGUGGCGACAUACCUGGAAUUGUUUUUCCUAUAGCAACAACAGACCCUCAGAACUAAAAAUAUAUAACUAAACAUAUAUUGUGUUUUUUAAGUCUAUGGAUGAGCCAAAGGCUUCAAAAACGGACAUACGCUGGAGGAUCAAAUUUUAAGUGGCGCAAAGCUGGGUCUAGAGACAAACUACGAUCGUCAGGUCACAUUUGUUAUUUGACAUUACUAUAAGCAUGUUGCUUUUGUAAUGCUAUAUAACGAAGAAUUAUUAUUAAUAAUACAUUGAUACUAUCAUUGAUGGCAUUACACUGCAAAUAAGACGCUCCGUCACGUACUUCUUAUCAAAUAUUGACCAAGAAUUCAUAAUGCAUAAUUUGUCCAUAAAUACAGGCAGAGUAUUCGUACUCUUUUCAAACGAACAAGAUGCAAAACUAUUUUUUAAAUUGUUUAGAUAUCACAUAAGUGUAAUGUUACCAUGUUUUAAUUUAUUGUUCCGCGGAAGUUAGUUUGCAAGCAUAGGUCGUUUAAUAGUAAUUAUUAAAGAAUAUCAUUAUUUAUAAACGAACAUGUACGACAAAAUCACCGGAUAUAUCAAGAUUACCAUGAAUUCGUAACCAAUCAGAUAAGGAAAUCAGAAUAACCUUGGCCCUUUGAGCAAGCAAUUUUUCUUCUUUUCCCGAUGCUCGGCCAUAUGCUAUGUUGCCUUGGUCAUUAAAAUUUUAUAGACAAUAUGCCGAAUAUAAAUCUUAACAUUGUAAUCGCUCCGAGCGAGGAGAAGAUGUAUAAAUACAUCAGUACAUAUAUAACCGAGAUCACACACGGUAUGGAUGUGAAGAGUGUAUUUUAGAAUUUAGAAAGCUUACAUGUUAAUCAAGCUAAAAUUGGCAGCCUAUAGCUCGUAGCUGAUAGCUACAAAGCUUUUUUUAUUAUUAAAUCAAUAUUCUGUUAUAUUAACCUAAGUUUAUUACUAUCAUUUAACAGCGGUUUUAAGUUCGAAAAAGAAAUGAUUAUCAUGAAUGCGUAAGGAUGACUUAAGUAUCAUCUGAAGAUUAGUCGCCAAUUUCAGCUUGAUUAUAUGUUAGCGUAAUAGAUAAGAUCAUUUUGUAGGAAAAAAAGUUAUUUGCGCGAAGAAAGGUAACAAACAAACAGACAGACAGACAGACAGGUAGCUAAAAUGAGAGAAAAGAGUGAUGCAAGUAGUAUAGCUAUUUCUGAUAAUGACCAAUUAACGAUAGUGCCUCUGACAAACAGUUUCAAGAAAUAAACUCAUAAUCUCUGUGCUUGUUCGAAGGGUACUAAGCAUCAAAUCUUCAUACGUGUAGUUCUGUAAUAUCUGUCCGUCCUAAGAUGGUCAAAUAGACCGCUUCUUUAGAUUUAUGUAUUUUAGCGGUAAGAAAGUUUUGUAUAUCCCCGUAAAUUCAAAAUGAGUUUUCAUCGUUUACAAAGUUCACUAUUGCAAAAUAAUUACGAACAUUACGAACGAUGCCAGUCGUAUGUCAUAGUACUUGUAACUUCUUCAUAACUUUAAUAUCCUGUAUGACUAUUUCGGCUGAUUUACUUAACCCAAGUUACAAUAUAUUUCUGUUUACAUUACAAAAAUUAAUACAAACUUUAUAGAUGGUUUGUAAUGUUUAUGCUGCGAAAUUAGGAAUUGCAGUAGGCUGUGCCCCUCUCUAGUAAUUACAAGCAUAAAUUGUAAAAAAUGGAAUAGAAUCAGUGACUAUAUUUUCACCGAUGUCAAUUUGAGAGGUGAAAUACGUGUGUUCUAUAUCUAAAUAUUACAAAACUAUAGAUAUAUAUUUAACUCUCAUUCGGCUCCGAUGAAAACAUUAGCUAGGCUCAGCAUAAGAUCUGGGGCCAAAUCAGAAGGAAACUGGACAUGCAGGGGGACACAAAUUUCUCUAUAAGAUCGUCAGUUUAUCGUGCAACAAUCAGCCACGGUGUUGAGGUUAUGUAAGAAUAUAAUCUCGAUAAAUUACCAUGUUAAAUUACAUUUAUGAUAACAACUUUGCUGCUACAGCUUGUAAUUUUUUGAUUCUCAACUAGCAAGCAAUGCUCAAUCAUGUAACAAUACCAAAUAUUGGCUCUCUUUGGCAGAAGCAGUGGUUCAGGGAGUGCAUAUGUUUAAUUGGUGAAAUUUUUAAACUUUCAGAGUUUAAGAUCAAUAACCAAUCAAAUAAUUUUGCUCCUUUAUCGCUCUUUCUGCUGAACUAUUAGGACGACUUAGAUGACACUCGAAUUUUCACAGCAGCUUAGCUUAUUUCUUGAACUUCGAACCAAAACUUGAAAUGAUGAGUAGGUAUAUGCGUAUAAGAGAAUAACAAAAGGGGCACGGAAGUGAGGAAUCUCGAUCAAAGCUUGAUUUUUUGUUUGUUAUAAGACCUGUUCUGAGAUAUUGUUAUGAGAUAUCGCUAUGAGAUAUAAUUUGAAACGCUAAUAAUUUUGGUCUUGUCGGUAAACCGUUUUUUUAUUGCGAAAAUAUGUAUUACGAAUUGGUUACGUCUACUUCACCAAGGUAUGUUCAAGUAUAUGGCUUCCACUUAAAACUCCCCUGAUAGCAAACAGGUAAAUUCCUAUUUGCUAAUUGGUAAGUUGUAGGUAAUCGAAAGAUAUGAUGCUUUUACUUGGUUAACCUCAUUAUUAUCAUAUAAAGUUUCUAUCCAUAUUUACUCUGGAAGCUAUUUGAUAAAUCAUGAAAAUAUUAAAAUCUGUUUGAAAAGAACACUCAUAUACACUGAGACCUCCGAUAAGUUAACCUGUCGGGAGCUAAACAAAUUAGACUUCUUCCAGUAAGUUCAUUCCCCUACUACCUUCCACUUUCUCUCCGAUCCUCGAGUGGGAGAAUGGGUACAGAGUCACGUAGCAAGCUUGCCGCUGGAAGGACUAUCUCGUCUCUCUACUGAGCAGGUAAAAAAGUCUCAAGAAGAGGUCGAUCUUAACUUUUCGGAGGUUCAUUUCUUAACUUAUUGGAAGAGACAUUAACUUAUUGGGGGUUUACGUAUUGGAAGUCCCACUCAGUCCCACUGCAUUAGAAUCAUUUGCGAUAGUGUAAAGUAUACAUAUAUGCACAUUUUUUUCAUAUAGAAAUUUUAUCAGUAUUAUUAUAAUAUUUGCAAAAAAGUCAGACCUUUUAUAUACAGGGAUAUUCACGGCAAACGCAUCAGCUGAAAUUACCCGUGAACGAAUGAUUUCAUAAAUUAGAGCAGGGUGGUAUCAUUAAAGAAAUGAAAGCUAACGUCAUAACAUUGCUAAGAUCAUGAAUUUCACAUUCUUUCAUUUGUUUAACAAGCCCACACUGCCUCCAUAGAACUGUUCAAUCGCGUUCAACUUCAGCUGGCGCGUUUGCCGCGAAUAACCCUGUAUAUGCAAAUCAUGUAAAAAUUUCAAUGCAAGAGUAAGUUAGCAAAAAGUUAUUUUAUAGUAUGAUAGGGCCUUUCCCAGUGUUUCAAAAAUACAUAAUUCCUACAACGUUUAAAUUACAUUAAAAUAUCUUGCUAUUCAUGCUAUGUUAGAAAACUAAAUUUACUUAAAACGAGACACAGUUAUACUUCGUUGAAAUCCCAAGUUAAAUAUAGACAGACACUUUAUAUGCAACAGUACACUGUAUAAUUAAAUAUACGAUAUAUUCGCAUUUGAUAUCGACAAUUAUCAGUAGCAGAGCUCGUCAACAGUGCACAAAAAGCACAUUAUUAUUUUAAGUGCAUAACCAAUUACAGCUUAACAAUUUCUAACGCGAGCUAUCUGUAUUGAAUAAUGUUGCUGAAUAUUAUAUUGUGUAAGAGCAUACAUAUAAACAAAAAAUAUACAACGCACAUGACGUGA